GUGAAAAUGAAUCAACCACCAGAGAUCAGAUUGUAAUGAACAUGUUGUUUUGUUUUCAUUUGGUUUUCUGUUCAUUUUGUUGAUUAAUUGUUACUAUUUAAUCAUGUCCGCUAAACAGGUUAUUUUGACUUCCACUUUAAACUCAACUUAUUGGUCGGUCAAUGUUCAGGAUCUGCUCACCGGUACACAAAUCACUUCAUUCAAGGACACUGUGGUUAUACUGGUAUUAGGGGUAAAAGUUGUUCCGUUUCAAUUGAUUCAACAUGUAAAAUUUAUGAUAAUUAUUCUGGUAAUUUACUGAUUUCAAUAUCGUUUGAUGAACCUCUUUGGUCCGUUACAAUGGAUCCUGGUCAGAGUUUUCUAUUCGUUGGCGGAGAGAAAGGAAACAUUUAUGAGACUAAAUUGUACGAUGAGAAGCAAAUUAUCAAUGAUUUGAAUCGACCUCAACCAACUGUUCUAACUGCCCAUAGUUCAAAAGUCACUCAUCUCGCGAUCUCGAUUGAUGGAUUAGCUUUAAUCUCUGGUGGUUAUGAUGGAAAAGUGAUUGUUUGGCAUACAAUCAGUAAACAGCGAAUGAAAACAUUUGAAAAUCGAGGAGCAAUUACAAAUCUAAUUGUCAUGCCAACACCAAGAGGAAUUUUGGAAGAGGAAACACCUUUGAUUCCUGUUAAAUCAUUCAAAUUAACAAAUGAUCCUGAUUUAGAUGCAUUUGAUAGAGAUCUAAUCCACACAAUCAACGAUCAAUGUAUACCAGAUGAAGAUGAAAUUGAAAACAAUCAACAAAAUGUUAUCAAUAUUAAUCAACUUGAAGCAAAUGAUGAAGAGCCAGAAUCCAAUCCAGAUGAUAUCGAGAAGAUUAAAACGAUUAACCAACAAAUUUAUGAAUAUUCAGUGAAUACAAUUUUCAAACAAUUGAUUAAUAAGUAAACAUUUAUUUUCAUUUUUGCUAAUAAACUUUUCGUUUUAUUUUUUAUUCACGAAAAAUUUAAAUCAA